AUGUUGCCAUCAACUAGAAGUGCGGCUGCGCUUGCUAUGCGAGCUAAGCCAUCGUCCUUCCUCGUCCCAUAUCGAUCAAUUGCGGCAAUCUCUUCAUCGAGUGCGAAGCCGGCAACUGCAGUAUCUCCCCAUAAUGUCCACGGAAAUCCGGGUACGCCACCACCCAUGAGUGUUACAGGGAAAGAGAGACGCGAAGUUCCACUGCCCAGUCAAGAAGGCAAGAAGGGGGUCAUGCAAUAUGCACUGACAACACUCGAUCAAAUUGCCAAUUGGGCGCGGCAAGGUUCUCUAUGGCCUAUGACCUUUGGACUCGCCUGCUGUGCUGUCGAAAUGAUGCAUCUGUCAACCCCACGAUACGAUCAGGACAGACUCGGUAUCAUUUUCCGAGCUUCUCCACGUCAAUCCGAUGUUAUGAUAGUUGCUGGUACUCUUACGAACAAGAUGGCACCGGCGCUGAGACAGGUCUACGAUCAAAUGCCUGAGCCACGUUGGGUUAUUUCUAUGGGUAGUUGUGCAAAUGGUGGAGGUUAUUACCACUACAGCUACAGUGUGACAAGGGGGUGUGAUAGAAUUGUUCCGGUCGAUAUCUACGUUCCAGGAUGCCCACCAACUUCCGAAGCGUUGAUGUACGGUAUUUUCCAGUUACAGAAAAAGAUGAGACAUACGAAGAUUACUAGAAUGUGGUAUAGAAAGUAG